AAACCAUCCAGCCGUAGCAGGACAAGGCUGUCUAGAGAGCGUGCCUGGGUUUUCCUUCCAAUCACUUUCAGUUCCGUCUGCCUCAGAUCAGUGAAAAGGGUAAAAUCUCAGAGACUUCAGUCAUUACUGCGAAACAACCUCCAUCCUGUUCUAACAGAAGGUGUUGUGUUUGAGUGAAGAAUGUCUGACCCAGAGAUCCCAAGCCAACCUCUUCUUGGAGAAACAGUCGUCAAUGUGGGCCCACCAGCUCAGGGCCAGCGGUCCACCCGGGCCUACACGGUGGCAGGACUCACCUUGUUGGCCUGCGUGCUGAUUAUGGGUCAGGCAGCGAUCGCCUACUUCCUGGUCAACCAGAAGAGCGACAUCAGGGAUCUGCAGGAGCAGAACAACAGAAUGAACGUGCAGAUGACCAAUGGAGGAUCUGCUUCGGUGCCUGUGAGGCUGCACAUCCCCAUGAGCCCUGCAAUGGAGAUGAUGGACACCACCAUGGAGGAGGAGUCAAGCGGAACUAAAAAAACCACCACUCCCACCACCCAGUGCCAGCUGGAGGCUGCUGGUGUGAAUCCAGCCCCGAUGCCUGGCUUCUUCCCCAGGUGCGACAAGCUGGGUCUGUACGAGCCCCAGCAGUGCUUCCAGGGUCAGUGCUGGUGUGUGAGCCCGGCCGACGGGCAACCGAUUCCCGGAGACAAGAGCUGCAUCAGAUCUGCCUUUUCUGGAAACCUGAUGACUCUCAACCAGAAAUUGGACACAGAGGAUGCCUGAAUCUCUUCCUAAUGAACAGAAACUGACAUAAGUUCAAUUUCUAAUGACAUCUUCCAGCUUUGCCAGCUUUUUUCCCAACGAUUUAAAUAAAGAUAGUUUGGUGGUGGUGUUCAGAGUUGCUGAUUUUAUAAUUGUUAAUUGGAUUUCUUUCAUGUUUCCUACUUUCCUGCAACUUAUGUGCAAGCAAUAAAGCGACUAGGUCAUUUUAAUGUGUAA